AUGGACUUCUUCGUCAAAAAUGGCGAGGAGCCAUAUAUGCAGUUUUCGAACUUCAAACUUCGGAACUAUUUUCCUCAUGAAAUCGACAAGCUGAGUGUUCUGAAAGUCAUACAAACUAAGACUUUCGACGAGGUUGGCCAUCCGAUUGAAGGAGGUUUGUAUGAUCCUGUUCUUGGUCCUGAUAACAUCCGCGACAACUGCAGGACAUGCAACCAAUAUGAAAGACAUUGUCCAGGACAUAUGGGACAUAUUCAACUUGCUGUACCGGUUUUUAAUCCACUUCUUUUUCAAUUCACAUACAAUGUGAGUUUUAUGAAAGUAAUUUCUAAAAGCUAUAUUUCUAUUUUACAGCUCCUGAAAGGUUCUUGUGUCCACUGCCAUCGUUUGACAUGUAAAGGAGAUGGAGUCAACGCUCGCAUGCUUCUCGCUCAGCUGCGAUGCUUCGAACUUGGUGUCGAGCAUGUUGCUUUCGAUCUCGAAGCUAUUCUCCGUGACAAAAUCACUAAUGCUGACUUGCUCGAUGAUGAUGAUUCAAAAGCAUUCAAUGAUGUAGACACUUGCAUUGUUCAGUUGGCCAAUAAACCACUAUCCGAACUUACCCAGUUCAAGGCAAUGCCAACGAAAAAUAGUGUGCAAUUGAAGAAAGACCUUAUCACCGAUUUCCUUAGAGGACACUUGUUCAAACGACUUCAAAAAUGUCCUCUUUGUAAAAAUCGCAACGGAAUCCUGAGAAACGAUGGAGCUCGAUCGAUUCUCAUUGACUUCACUGGUUCUCGCGGAAAAUCGAAGAAGGCUCUUAUCAUCGGAGACGAUGGAUAUAAUGAGGAAUCAUCCACAGACGAGGACGAGAAGAAGGAUGACAAGAAAGGAGUUGAAGCCAAUGUGAAUGUUGUUGACAUGACAGAGAACAGUCUGGAUAUUCAGAUGAAAAGUGUGAAAAAUGGAGAAUGCGACAAACUGGCAUGGAGAGGAGCAGAAGUUCGUGAGCACUUCCGAGCCUUAUUCAAAAAUGAUGGAAAACUUCUUCUGAAACUAUUCCCAAUGUUGGUUGAUGAACUGAAUGGAGAAGAUAUGAUCUGCCCGUUAGAUGGCUUGUUUCUUGAGAGAAUUUUGGUGCCACCGAAGAAGUUCCGCCCUAUUCGAAUGUUCAAAGGAGCACAAUAUGAAGAUCCACAAACGAUGAAUCUCCGUAAAGUUCUCGAAGCCACUGAAACGAUCUCAGCCAUUUCAUUGAUCAUGAAAGGUGACAAUAGUUCUGAACUCAUCCAACUGGUAAAAGAUAGAGUUCGUGGAAAGACAAUCAACGCCCAAAUGCACGAUGCUUACCUCCAAUUGCAACUCCGUGCCAACGCAAUUUUCGAUCAAGAUCUCAACAAAGGAGAUCGUGACAGCAUUGCUGGAAUCAAGCAAAUUCUUGAGAAGAAACAAGGAUUGUUCAGAAUGCACAUGAUGGGAAAGCGUGUCAACUUCGCUUGUCGUUCAGUCAUCACUCCAGAUCCAUACCUUGAUAUUGAUGAAAUCGGAAUUCCGGAUAUUUUCGCAAAGAAACUGACAUUUACGGAGCCAGUGAAUGCUUUCAAUAUUAAGGAAAUGAAAGAAUUGCUUCACAGAGGACCUCACCAGCAUCCAGGAGCCAAUUUCUUUGUCGAACCAUCUGGAAAGAAAACGAUGCUUGGAGAUAAACCCGAUGAGGUGAAACGUAGAAAACUAAUGGCAAAAACCUUGAAUGCUGCUACAACUACAAGUCUUCGUCAGACUCCGAAAGUACUGAGACAUAUGAGAAAUGGAGAUAUGAUCAUGAUGAACCGUCAACCAUCCCUUCACAAGCCUUCAAUCAUGGGCCAUCGAGCAAGAGUGCUCACCGGUCAACGUGCUCUUCGGAUGAACUACGCUCCUUGCAAAGCCUACAAUGCCGAUUUCGACGGAGAUGAAAUGAACGGACAUUUGGUACAAUCACACAUUGCUCAAACAGAAGUUCGCGAAAUUGCCAAUGUUGGAAGCAACUUCUUGGUUCCAAAAGAUGCUACACCACUCCUUGGAUUGAUUCAGGAUCAUGUCGUUUCCGGUGUUCUUCUCACUCUUCGUGAUCGAUUCCUGAACAAAGAAGACUUCAUGCACCUGGUUCUCGCUUCUUUCGCUCAAUAUUCAAAGCGAAUUGAAAUUCCGCCACCAACGAUUCUCUACCCAAAGCGGCUCUGGACUGGAAAACAAGUUGUCAGCACUAUUGUUAAAAAUUGUAUUCCAGAAGGAAAACCACUCAUCAAUCUGGACGGAAAAGCAAAAACACCACUCAGCUGUUGGAUUGUUCCUGGAUUCAAGCAGCCAGAUUUCGACAUGAGCGAAUCGCAUGUGGUGUUCAGAAAAGGAGAACUGCUUGUUGGAGUUCUCGAUAAGGCUCACUUCGGAGCAACACAAUUCGGAUUGGCUCAUUGUGCCUUCGAGCUAUACGGACAUCGUUGUGGAGUUCAACUGCUUUCGUGCUUUUCUCGUUUGUUCACAACAUAUCUGCAGGUAUGUUUUAAAAAUAAUAAUCAAAGGCUACAUAUUUAUUUUCAGUUCCAUGGAUUCACUCUCGGUGUUGCUGAUAUUUUGGUGGUGAAGGAAGCCGAUGGAAAGCGUAAAGAUGCAGUCAUGGAAUCACGAACAAUUGGAAAUCAAGUUGUCAAAACGGCUUUCGGUCUCCCAGACUCUGCUACUCCGGCUGAAAUCAAGCGAACUCUCGCUGCAACAUAUUGCAAUCCACGUGGGCAAGGAACUGAUGUGAAGAUGUUGGACUUUGGAAUGAAGCAAGGAAUCGCUAAAUACAACGACGCUAUCACUAAGGCCUGUGUUCCUACUGGUCUUCUCCGUCUCUUCCCGCAAAAUGCACUUCAGUUGAUGAUUCAAUCCGGAGCCAAGGGAUCUGCUGUCAAUGCUAUUCAGAUUUCCGGAUGUCUUGGUCAGAUUGAAUUGGAAGGUAAACGUAUGGCUGUCACUGUUGCGGGAAGAACUCUCCCAUCUUUCCGAUGCUUUGAUCCAUCUCCAAGAGCUGGUGGAUAUAUCGAUCAGCGUUUCUUGACUGGAAUGAACCCACAAGAACUCUUCUUCCACACAAUGGCCGGACGUGAAGGACUUAUUGAUACUGCUGUGAAAACUUCGCGCUCCGGAUAUCUCCAGCGUUGUAUUAUCAAACAUCUUGAAGGAAUCCGAGUUCAUUAUGACUCCACUGUUAGAGAUCACGAUGGAUCCGUAAUUCAAUUCAGAUAUGGAGAAGAUGGAAUGGACACUACCAAAGUUACUUUCCUGAACAAGAAGACUAUGCCGUUCCUUGAAGACAAUUUGGAAGCUGUCACUCUUGCUUCAAAACCAGAAGGUGUCAAUGAUAACGAGUUUGGAAUCAACGACACUGAAAAACGGUACAGAAAGAUCAUGAAGUGGAAGAAGAAGGCACCAAAAACUGGAAAGAAGUCAUAUUUCUCUGCAUUCACGAACUUUUCGGCUGAACACGCAGGACUCGACAAGAAACGAAUUUUGGCGAUGUGGUUCGAGCUUUCGCUGGAAGAACGAGCUGCAUACGAGAAGGGAAUUCCGAAGAAGUGUCCAGAAGCCGUCGAUGAACGUUAUAAUCCUUCAUGCAAACUUGGAGCGCUUCCCGAAAAGAUGUUGGAUGAAAUCGAAGGAUUCUGUACGAAAUCUAAAGAAGAACCUAAUGAUAUUCUGAAAAGAACAUUGUUCUGGAAAGGAAUGCGAUCACUUGCUGAUCCUGGAGAAAAUGUUGGUCUCCUCGCUGCUCAAUCCAUUGGAGAACCGUCAACUCAGAUGACAUUGAACACUUUCCAUUUCGCCGGUAGAGGAGAAAUGAACGUCACUCUUGGAAUCCCACGUCUUCGAGAAAUUCUAAUGACAGCUUCGAAGAGCAUUGCAACUCCAAGUGCUUCAAUUGCUGUCAUCGCUGGAACUCCUCGGGAAAGAAUCGAUACAAUCAAACGAGAGUUAGAUCGUGUUUAUUUGAAGCAGUUACUUAAGAAUUUUUCAAUGGAAGAGAAAAUCACACUUACUCAAAAUCAAUCUACGCGUCGUUAUCAUCUUCGAAUUGAAAUUCUUGCUGCUGAGAAGCGCGAGCAAGGCGCACGGCAUCUGAAGCGUUCCAAAAUUAUGGACGAAAUCGAGAAAAGAUUCAUCCUUCGUGUUUCUCAUGCAAUCAAGAAGAAGUAUCUGGAUAUCACCGAUUAUCAACAAAUGUCCCAUCGUACAAUGCGCCAAGGAAACAUUGCCGCUGGAAUUGAUACUCAACGAGGAAAAUCCAGAGGAUUACAAGGACCAGACAACGGAGACUCGUCGGACGAAGAAGCUGAAGGAGGUAGAGAAGCUGACGCUGCUGAGGCACGUCUUCAUCAAAGACAUCGUGACGAGGCAGCAGAUUAUGAAGGAGAAGAUGAGGAACGUGUAGAAGUUCGUGAGCGUGAUGAUGAGCCAAUGGAUUCGGAUACAGAAGAUGUGAAGAAUGAAGAAGACGAUGAGAACAAGAAUGAUAAAAAAGAUCCUAUGGUCAACUCAUCAAGAAUUCAAGCCGUUCAGAGACUAUCUGAUAAUAUCUCUAGCUACACGUACGAUGUAAAAUCUAACAAGUGGUGUGAAGUUGUCUUCGAGCUCCCAUUGAGGAACAAGACCAAGAUGGAUGUAUCUUCCAUUGUGGAAAGGUUUGUUUCCGCAUGCUUUUCAUUAAAGAUAGAAGUUGAUCAGUUCAUUGUUCAUCAAACGCCUGGAAUUGAGCGAUGCGUUGAGACCACAGAACAGAAGAAUGGAAAAGAGACGAUCAUUCUUCAAACUCAAGGAGUCAACCUUGCUGCUUUCUUUAAACAUGCAGAUGUCCUUGAUGUCAAUUCAGUGUACUCUAACGAUCUGAACCUGAUUCUCGAGAACUACGGAGUCGAGGCUUGCGCCAAGGCCAUUACUACUGAAAUGAACAAUGUGUUCGCAGUAUACGGAAUCGAGGUCUCCAAGCGACAUCUCUCACUGACGGCUGACUACAUGACGUUCACCGGACAAAUUCAACCAUUCAAUCGUGGAGCCAUGUCGUCCAGCUCCUCGCCGCUUCAGAAGAUGACAUUCGAAACGACGAUGGCCUUCCUUCGUGAAGCACUUCUACAAGGCGAAGAAGACAACGUCAACUCUCCAUCGGCUCGUAUCGUGAUGGGUGCAUUGCCACGUGGAGGAACUGGAUCAUUCGACCUGAUUCUCGACACAAAAAUGCAAUCGGAACGUGAAGAGGACGAGGCUGCACGAGCUAAAAAGCGUGUGUCUAAGAAAUUUUAG